GAUAUUACCCAGUAUCUUAGGGAGGUAUUUGGCAGUAAAAACCAACUUCUCUGACAGGUCACAAGCAAAGCAAGGCAUGAUUAAACCGAAAAUUAGAAAGCCGAAAGCUGGAAAGUCUCCAACGUUAUCCAAAAACCCAGCUCAACUCUGGUCAACAAAAACCCACCUUCUCGUCCAAGAUACAAAAUAUUCCUUACAACUUUAUAUACAAACACUCACUCCAAUAUAAGCAAGACACAAACCUCAAAAACCCAAAGUGAUCCAAUCCUAUCUUUUUAAAGAAAAACAACUAGAAAGAUGAGAAUUACUGUAAUGACAGCAGAUGAACAGAUCAUAUCUCUUGAAGUUGAUCCUCAUGAAUCUGUUGAGAAUGUGAAAGCUUUACUUGAAGUUGAGACACAGGUGCCUCUCCAGCAGCAGCAGCUGCUAUAUAAUGGGAGGGAGAUGAGAAAUAAUGAGAAAUUGAGUGCAUUAGGCGUUAAGGAUGAGGAUUUGUUCAUGAUGGUCUCUAAUGCUGCUGCUCUUAGUGCCCCCUCCAAUAAUUUGGGCUUAAAUCCUGAUGGAUCUGCUGUGAACCCUGGAGCUUUCCAGCAGCAACUUCGAAAUGAUUCUAAUACAAUGGCUCAACUAUUUCAGGCUGAUCCUGAACUAGCCCAAGUUAUUCUUGGAAAUGAUCUCAACAAACUCCAGGACCUUUUAAGGCAACGCCAUUGUCAAAGAUCUGAAUUACGUCGUCAGCAAGAAGAGGAGUUUGCCCUCCUUGAAGCAGAUCCCUUUGAUGUAGAGGCACAGAAGAAAAUCGAAGCUGCCAUUCGUCAGAAAGGAAUCGAUGAGAACUGGGCAGCGGCCUUGGAAUACAACCCUGAAGCUUUUGCCAGAGUGAUUAUGCUGUACGUUGAUAUGGAAGUUAAUGGUGUCCCUUUAAAGGCAUUCGUUGAUAGUGGUGCUCAGUCCACAAUAAUAUCAAAAAGCUGUGCUGAGCGAUGUGGAAUGUUAAGACUUCUAGAUCAACGCUAUAAAGGCAUUGCCCAUGGAGUUGGACAAUCAGAGAUAUUGGGUCGUAUUCAUGUAGCUCCAAUCAAGAUUGGGAAUAUAUUUUAUCCUUGUUCCUUCAUGGUACUGGAUUCUCCUAAUAUGGAAUUCCUCUUUGGGCUUGAUAUGCUUCGCAAGCACCAGUGUAUUAUUGAUCUAAAGGAGAAUGUUCUGAGAGUGGGUGGUGGUGAAGUUUCUGUCCCAUUUUUACAAGAAAAGGACAUUCCACCUCGUUUUCUUGAUGAAGAGAGGUAUUCAAAAGAAGCAUCCAGCUCAGGAAACCCAGUGACAUCAGGAAAAGUGGAGAAGAAGAAUGAUCCACUGGCCGUGGGUCAAUCGUCUGGGGGCGCACGCAGCAGUGUGACACAGGGACCUGACUUUGAAGCCAAAGUUGCAAAGCUUGUUGAGCUGGGGUUUGGAAGAGAGGCAGUUACACAAGCUCUUAAAUUAUUUGAUGGAAAUGAAGAACAGGCUGCUGGGUUUCUUUUUGGCGGCUGAAUAACAAUUAUUCAUUCUUUCAACAAUAUUAUUCAUGGGAACAAUAUUCAUUUUAGUUAUCCAUUGACUUUACAAAUUGAAGAAACUUUGUGCCAAACUCAUUCAUUCGAACAACAAUCUUAAACCCUCAAACAACCCUGCGAUU